GGGUGUAGGCCCGAUGCAGGGUGUAACGAGGAACUAUUGAGGCUCGUGUUCGGCUCUGCUGUAAAGAGAAUCCGGUUCUAGCGCGUAAGGCGCCUGCAAGAGUAAAAAAUAAACGUGGAAAUAACGUGUCUUCUCGGGACAACGGAAAUAGCCCCGCCUUCCCGCGCGCGGCGCCAGAGGGGAGGUGGUGGCGCAUGCGCAGUCAGAGUGGCACCCCCCACGUGUAUUAGGUGUGGGUCCGCGGCGCUCCGUUACUCACAGCACGGUGAGCGGGAGGGACUCGGUGCGCCAUGGCAGGGAAAGCAUUUAGGAAGUUUCUUCCCCUGUUUGACCGUGUUCUGGUUGAAAGAUGUGCAGCUGAGACUGUAUCCAAAGGAGGCAUCAUGCUUCCGGAAAAAUCUCAAGGAAAAGUGCUACAAGCAACAGUAGUAGCGGUUGGAUCAGGAUCCAAAGGAAAGGAUUUUUACAAUUGGCCUGAUGAAUCCUUUGAAGAAAUGGAUAGCACACUAGCUGUUCAACAGUAUAUCCAACAAAACAUAAGGGCAGACUGUUCUAACAUUGACAAAAUCCUGGAACCUCCUGAAGGGCAAGAUGAAGGUGUAUGGAAGUACGAACAUUUACGACAAUUCUGUCUCGAGCUCAAUGGACUUGCUGUCAAGCUUCAGAGUGAAUGCCACCCAGAUACAUGCACUCAGAUGACAGCAACUGAACAAUGGAUUUUUCUUUGUGCAGCCCAUAAAACGCCCAAAGAGUGUCCUGCUAUAGACUAUACCAGGCACACGCUUGAUGGAGCUGCAUGUCUUCUGAAUAGCAAUAAAUAUUUCCCCAGCAGGGUUAGCAUAAAGGAAUCCUCUGUAGCCAAACUAGGAUCAGUGUGCCGUAGGAUUUACAGAAUAUUUUCCCAUGCGUAUUUUCAUCAUCGGCAGAUAUUUGAUGAAUAUGAAAAUGAAACCUUUUUGUGUCACCGGUUCACUAAAUUUGUGAUGAAAUAUAAUUUGAUGUCCAAGGAUAACCUGAUUGUACCAAUUUUGGAAGAGGAGGUGCAGAAUUCAGUGUCUGGGGAAAGUGAGGCAUGAUGGGAAUUGUGGUACAGAAAGCAACUGUACUGAACACACAAUUGACAUUAUGUACUGUAUAUAUCAUUUUAGACACUUCAAUCAUGUAUCCUUAUUAUAGCUUUGUUUAGUAUACUUUUUGUAUGCUGUGUGCAUUGCCUUUUAAUAUGGGAAAUACUUUAAGUUAUUCAUGAACUGUAUAGUCAUCAAUGUGGCACUCAUGGUUUUUAAAUAAAAUUAGUAUUAUCUGUUUAUAAUACCUGUUAAUAAAAUAAUUACAGUUGUGUAAAAUUGCUGCUAAACAAUCAUUGGAUCACAAUCCUCAAAUGUGUCUGAUUAAAAAGAUAGGUGAGACUAAGGUUUCACACAAGCUAUUUUCUAAUGAAAUAGCAAUGUUAGCCUUAGUUCUGAGUUUAAUACGUACCUUAAAUUUAGAAUCCUGCAGGAAGGUCCUUGUAAUGUAGCUUAUUCCUAAUUUUAGCUCUUACUUUUUAAAAAAUAACUCAUUUGUUUCUAAGUUUUACUUCUGCUUUUGGGCGUGAGUAUAUAGUAUCAACUAUUCUUGUAUGUGUAUAUCCAAAUAUUAAACACAACUACAGUAUUAGUAAUACCAAAAGGAUAACUUUACUAUGCUACCAAAAGUAUAUUUUUGAUCUAAUGAGAGACAGUUGUGUACUUUUUGGACUUGCCUUUCUGUAACAGUAGAGGCCUGUAUACAUCAUGGAAGUGAUGUGUUGAGUCUUAAGGCAAGGAAAGAUUAUUUUUUCUUGUGAAAGUCCUCCACUUUCGUUCCUCCCCGACUUCUCAAAAGAAUAGCAGUGGCUGAAAAUAACUUUUCCUCUUGCCUGUAGUAAGGUACUUAGUGGUUUUAUACCUGUGCAUAUCUAUAGUAACUGCUUACAGAUUAUACCUCACAAUGUUCAUAUUACACUACAGAACAAUGUACUAGCAUAGUCUUGUUUAUAGUCUUAGCAAAAAAAUUGAACUCUAGCCUUGCAAUACUUUGAUUCACGUUGAGAGUAUGACUAACCGUGUGCUUUCAUCCAUUCACCUGGAUUGUAUCCACUAAGGUGAAGUGCAUCCAUAGUUGGAGUCGUUUGCAGAUUUGCAAUAACUCACAAGUUCCAUGAGUGCUGCUUAAUGGUGUUGAACUGUCCAGAAUUUGAUUAGAAUUAAAUGUUUUAAAGACUAUUCUAGCAGACUUAUUGUUAAUGGUGUACAUCAAUGAAGAGAAUCUAAAAGCACUAGCAGUGUUCUUUUAUUAAAUGGAUCUUGCCUAGAUAAAGUUAGUUUUGUGGCUUCUUCACAUAGUAGAGACUUAUGUUGUCAUGGGCCUGUUUAUGUAUUGAAACAGGUUAAAGUGUUGGCCUUAGUGGGCCAAGCCAUUUAUCUAAACUAUACCUCCUCUUGAAGGUGUGUUUACCUGGGAAUGAGAGCUAAUUUAUUUUUGAAUAGUAAUUUCUUCAAAAUAUACUGAACAUGCCUUAAGUAUUAAAUACAAAAUAUUACAAGUCAAGUAUACCCUAAGCAACUGUACCAUCUGGAUAUAAAAUGAGAACAUGGAGAGAGAGAGGUUUUAAAGUGCUUAUACAGUGCUGCCUUCCUGGGCAGAUAUUUUUUGUGUGUUUUCAUUUUUAAAAUUGUAUUUAAUGGUCAGCAGGGUCACUGCAUCAGAUGCGCUCUUAGUGACUAGCUAUUGUUUGUACACUUGAGGUUUAUCUUAUACAGGUCAGAUGACUUGAUUUGAUAUCUUGAAAUUUGUACUGAGGGUAGAGGAUUACACUUUGGAGGUAAUAAGAUGUAUUUAGCUUUGUAACAAUCUGCUGUUGCAAGAUAGACCCUAGGACAUUUCUGUUGUACAGCCACUUUGACAAACUUACAUUGGCCUGGGACAGGCAAAAAGCUGGUGCUCUUCACUACUAAACAUUUUUUGUAAAAUUGAAGAUAGUGGAAUGGUGCUCAGAACUUCAUUAACACCUUAAACUUCUCGCUUCCCCUUCUCUCAUGCUUUGAGUUCUAGUAAAAGCCUCCAGAACUGUUAAUCUUGUUUGUUCUCAUUCACAUAAUUAAUAUGUCAUACUGUAAAGUUGACUCACUGUACUAUCUAAGCUGAAUAUAAACGGCCUCAGUGAAACACUGCUUAUAUUUUCCUUGCUACUGUUUACAUAAGUACUCAGACAGUGUACAUACAUGAACCUGAGUGGUACCACAAAACUUUAGUUAGCCUAAGCAAACCAUUGAUUUGGUUAGUAAAUAUUUUAAUGGUUUCACUUACAAAUUUGCAUUCUACAUAAUAGGGAAAUUGAGCUACAUUUGACUUUUGAAUUAAGUUUUAAAACCAAGAGGCUAAAAUUAAAAAAAAUUCUUUUUCCAUACCAAUAUAUUUUGCUAAAUGAUUCAUUUCCCCCCCCCCUUUCUUCCAAGAAUACAGAUAACUGGAUAUUUCAUGCUUUGUAGAGUAAGUUCUGCGCUCUCUCAUUUCUGGAUACAAAAUAGAUUUUGAGCUCAAAUAAUAUUCCUUGUUUAAGAAUGUAGAAAUGUUGUGAUUUGCUCACAAAUCUGUUACUCUUCCCAGAGGCUGGGGCUAGAAUUUGCAUUUAUGCCCUGUCUUGCUUCAGUAAAGAGCUAAAUGAUUCAAGAAUACAAAGAAGGGUAAGGAAAUUCCUUUCAUAGACCACCUCCCUAGACAUUAUUAAUACAAACAUCUAAAUAAGUGGCCUGAUUAUAAGCAAAGGACAGCUUUCAGUGUUUUUCCCUGAACGAUCUGUCUCUUCUGAUUCAUGGUUUGAUUUGUAUUACUUAGCCACAGUAAUUCUGCUUGUCAACAUUAAACAGAUACUAAGAGAUUUUAAUUCAAAAUGUCAUGCCAGUUUUCUGUUUGGACAAAACAAAUCAGUAUUGAAAAUCAAAAUUCCAGCUACCCCUUCCAUGCUGUGGACUAAGCAGCUGGGAAUUGUUAAAACGGCAACCUGAACUACUUUUUUGCUCAGAAGAGGAAAUGUACCAAAUAUAAAUAAAAUAACUAGUGUUUGAUAGAGUUUAGAAAUCUAAUCAAACUCCUGCUUUGUUUUAUGCACCAUAAAAAUUGUUAAAGGGAAAAAUUAUAGCUUGAUACGAGAUCUCAUCUCCUCCUGAGUCUGAGUGGCAUAAACUACUGUGGUCUAAGUAAGCCAAAACUUUCAGUUCUAGCCAAACAUAAUUAAGAAAAACUGAUAGCUGAAUUGGUGUAGUUGCCUCUAAUACUAAGAAACUCCCAGUCCCAAAUACAAAAAGGACCUCAACUUUACAAAGAAGCCACUAAAAAUCUGGUUAUGUAUAUCGCACCUGAACUGCGGGAGGUGUUGGGAUUUUUUUUACACAGGAGGUAUUCACAAAUUGUAGUGAGAAUGAAUCAGUUAUAUCUAUGUGAUGGACACAGUAGACCAUUAUGUUUAGACUCGUACAUGACCAGAAAUUCUAUAUGUGGACAGGAAAUAACUUAGGAAUUGAAAAUGUAAGGUCUUUAGAAGUUUAUGAACAGUCUAAUUAUAUCCCAAACCUCUACUUUUAAUAGUUUUUAGUGUAUUUCUGUUAUGGUGUAUAGACAAGGGACCCAUUUGUAGCUCACACAUGUAAAGUCAAAUUCCUGUUUUGACACUGUGUAAUCAAGUUAGUUACUUGACUUUUGUUUGGAGAAUUAAUCCAUGUGCCAGUAAAUAAUUCAAGCUUGAUUCUUAAUACUAUUUCAGUAAUUUUGUAAAUACUGUACUAGUUCAAAUAAGAGAACAUAUGUUGUCUACCUGAUAAAGAUAUAAAUUACACACAAACUGGAGUAUGAAUAUGAAAAAUUAGUGACUUGCCAGUAGUCUUAGUCUUCCUGAUUAAGUUUGUAAAGCAACAAGAACUGUCUCCCAUAUUGAGACAGAUGCUGGUUCUAGUAUUUAUAAGGAGUGGGUAUUAUCUUAAUGCAAUUGUCCCUUUUGAAAUCUAUCACUUCAUCCAAAACUAUGAAUUUAAAAGUAUGUUUUUUCACUUUAGUGCAUGGAUGGCUUUAAGUCUCCUUACUUAUACAUGAAUGAACAUUAAAAUGCAAUACGAAGCUAUUUAAAUGGGCCUAAUAAAUAUUCUCAAAAGGUACUGCAUAUAGUAGUGCUAAGGGUGAUUAAUACACUGAAGAUUUAGCUUCAGUCAAAGAUCAGAUUUGCUUGUACAGGCCCCACCUGAAAGAGAGAGGCAGGGUUUUGUGUUCUCAGGUGCUGGCAGCCAGAGUACCAGCCUUCUGACACAUUUUCCUUCUAUGGGAUAAAGCUGUGCCUCUCAACCUCUGAAAUGGAAAUAAAAUCUCACCGCUGCCUGAGUU